AGCUUUUUUUUUUCUCCCUUGUCGUGUUCGCAUGAGUGUCUUGACAGCGACUUGAUUGCCGUUACCGCAGCAACGACCGCACGCAAUUCCUUUUUUAAACAGCAGAGAGCGAAGAAAGAAGAGAUCAAUCUUCACCAACGAAUCCAAAUCCAACUCACACACACACACGCCCCUCUGUUGUUUUCUUUCAUUCGCUCUCCCCUCCCGCUCCAACUCAUUUAUAUAUAUUCAUUUAUCGCGCCGCAUCUGUAUCGUCCUCAUGUCCACUGCUCUCCACACCUCUAGCGAAGGACACCGUAGCGCGGCAGCAGCAGCAGCAUCACUACCGCGGCCACAGCUCAGAAAUACAAAACCUGAGGUACACCGCGACGAUGGCACCGCCACCACCACCAUCACCGAGACAACGCCACAACGCCGUAGCACCGCGCAGCCGCUCUCGACGUCCACCGACACGGACGGUCUGCGCUGCGAGGUGCUCUCGAUGCGCAGCGUGCCGCAUGCCCUGUACACGCUGCCCUCCGUCUCCCACGUCGUGGCCGCGUACGUGCGCCAGUUAAUGGACGACUUCGCCUCCUCCCUCCUGAUGUGCCGGCCAGCGCGACGAUACGUGUUUCAAGACCGCGGCUCGAAGAACGCCAACGGCGAAAGCGAAUCGACGGCGAUGAAGAGCGGUGUGGCUGCCCGGGCGACCGUGUUGGAGGACGAGGAAACGUAUCUGACGCUGGGCCUGUGCGCAUUGGAGGCGCGGCAGCGACGUCGGUGGCGUCACGCACAACACACGCGUCGCCAACACCGAGUAGCCGAAGACGAAGCGAAAGACGAUGAUAACUCUUUCGAUUGGCUGUGGGACUCCGCCGUCUCCGGUGAUGGGGACAGGAACGGCGGUGACACAGUGCGCCUCCACCCGAACUUGGCAGCGGUGGAGAGUCAGCUGAUAGAGCUGUUCGCGACGACCGCUCAAGCACGGCGUGGCGGCAACUGCAGCAGCCACCACCACGAAACAUCACGCCUCAACUCGGCGAUCGGCGCGGACGGCGCUCCCACGUUUCUUUCAGCGUCUGCUGCCUCGUCUCCGCAGCCGCCGCUACCACCACAGCCGCAUCCUGACGAGGAAGUCGACCCGUCGCUGCUCACGCCGCCGCUGCUUUCUUCGUUGCUGCGCUUCAAACCGUUGCUGCGAGACAUGCAGUUCCUGUCGCGCCAUCUGCUGCUGCCGCGGCACACGUGGUCACAUCAUCAGCGGGAGUGGGUGAGUGUGUACGAGGACGUUAGCGUGACGCUGCGUGACCGACUGGCUCGCUAUCAAGCCACAACAACGACCGCAGUCUCUGCAUCCGACAGAGACGUGGGAGAUGCGGAUGAAGAUGCGUCCAGCAAAGCGGCCGAGCGUGUGGAGGGAGACUCCGCAAAACGGGUAGGAGGAGGAACCAGAGUGAUGCCCGCCAGCGAAGUGGAGCAGCUCUGGUACACCUUGUGGGAGCUGCUCGGCGCGGCGUGGCGCCAGCGCGAUCGGCUCUGGGGCGCCUACCGCUACCUGCAAGGGCCGCGACAGCUGCCUCCGCUGUCCCUCAGCAGUCAAGCCGCCCGCGCACCCCCGCCUGGUGUGCACAGCUCCCCGCUCCUCCGCGAUCAGCACGCGCGGCACUUGGUGCACGCGGCGCAGACAAUGAAUCGAAACCAUCCCCGUCGGCCCUCCCGCGCGCCGCCGUCGUUGGUGUCUGCCCACGACGAAGACAGCUGCGCGUUCGGCCCCUUUACCAGCAGCGACGUCGGGGUCUCGUCGGACCGGCUUUACGUUCUGCGGCAGCCGCUGGCGGCGGCGCUGCGGUCGCUGCGCGUGUGCGUGCCUGCGAGUGGCCGCGACGCCCUCGCCACCUCGACGACCGCCUUUGCGGGUUUUACCUACGUGACAGCCAGAGCGGGAUCCUCGGCUACCGCAGCGCCACAGUCAGCGCCGCAGUCGUCGCCGCCGCCUCCGUGUGUGGUUGUACCGCUGUUUGACGCGACGGAAGAAGACGCACGCCUGCGUGCGGCGGUGCCGUACCUCUCGCCGGAGGUGUACUUAAGUCAGCAACUCCGGCAUCAGCAGCAGCAGCAGCAGAAGCGUCUUCCCUUUCAACAGGAGGUGGGGGAGGAUUCGCGGGGGGAGGAGGGGCGGGCGGGCACGCACCGGUGCACCGCUUCUCCGACGAUGUGUGGAACGCCGCCGUCGUGGUGCUGGAAGCUGCGCUCAGCGGGUUCGCAGUCUCUUCCUCCUCGCACUGCCAUCUGA